AUGGUUCAUCAUGGCGCAUGAGUAAAUGUUAUCGUCGGAUAAUAAUCAUUUCGUGCUGAUUAAUUAAAAGGAAAAAGAAAGAAAUAAAGAAUUUAUUUAUAACGUUUAUAAAGUGAAACAAUUGGAUGAAGUUAAUUGAAUCAAAGUUAAAGUUUGAGAUGUGAUUGAUUGUUUUGCCCAGUUUGACAGCGGGGGUGUGACGACUUAAAGGGCCAUCUCUUAAAAUUCAUUUCUUUUAUAAAUUAGUAUUAAAUUGUAUUGUUAAUAGAGUGCUCUUGUUCGUGCCUUUUACAGUUUUACUCAAAUUUUGAUUUGUAUUACUUUCAUCUUUCUACGUUACUCUGUUCAAAAAUAACAAUUCUACGUUAUUAUACAAGCAUUUGUUAUUAUUAAUCUUUGGUACAAUUGCAUUGUCAAGUAUUAUUAAAUGCAAAGUAUUGUGCUGAAAUCACGUGUCAAAUAUUAAGAUAGAAAUGCCGUUGAGUCCAAUGAAUCAUAAUACAGCAACAAUGGAUGUUAGAGAAGGUGCUGGUGCAUCUGUUCAUGUAACCACUACUUCCUGUACUCCACCUCCAUCAUAUAACAUUAAUGUACCUCUUGAACAUCCUUGUACGAUACCCAGAGACUGUGGUGCGCCACCUUCUUAUCAGGAAGCCAUAAAUAACUAUGUACCUCCUCCUCCUUCAUAUGAUUCUUUGUUUGGUCGAAUAAGAGAGGUACGAAAAGUCUCCAAAGGUAUAUUUGAUUUCAUCAAAAAUAUUAUCAUUCUACUCAUUUGUACAAUUGGAUUCACUAUUAUAUUUGUUAUGACAAUUGCAGUUCCAAUAUCCAUGGUUAUUAUUGGAGGGAUGUAUCUAUACAAGUGUCCGCAGGGUGAAUACAUACCUGUUUAUUUAUUAGUAGGUGGAAUAAUUGGCAUAUUUAAACAAUUAUUACAUUUAUCUGCAUAUGUGAGACGACGAGAACAAAGAGAUGAAGAAAGGAUUAGGCAAUCAACAACGCAAACAGUUAUUAAUUGCUUCAUGCUUGCCUGGCUUAUAAUUGGUACUACAUGGGUGUACCAGGCAUACGAACCAAAUUAUGACUCAUCCAAGGCGUUAUAUUGUAACAAAACUUUAUAUUUAUUUGCAUUUUGGUUGAUAAACUCUAUUUAUAUAUGUUUUGGUAUUUAUAUAGCAGGUUAUUGCAUUUUUACAAUAGCUAGUAUUGCGUUUCAAAGGCCACUACCUAAUUUCAUGUAAAAGACAAUUGAAGUCAUUUGAAAUAAGAAAAAAAAAGAACCAUUGUUAAAUAUUUUGGCUUUUUGGGAGCAAAAAAAGAAAUAAGAAAAAAGGCAUUUAUGACGUGAGUCACUCGAUAUUGGGGCACAAAAAAUUCGUCCACGUUUAUGUACCUGAGAUACUUAAACGACAAUUUAUGCACAGAUUAUUUGCGUGUUAGAAAUACCACUAAAACACUUAUAUGUCUCAUACUUAUGAACUUAAGGUUGGUUAUGAACAAAUUUUUCAUACUUAUUGAUACAUUUAUUUAUAAUCAUUAAAAAUAAUACUCACUAUUCUUUCUAAUUUGUAAUCGGUUUACAAAACUUUAAUCGAUAAUGAUGUAAAAGAAGUACUCAUUCCUAAUUUGUCAGUGGCUGAAUGACUUUUAUCUGAGAAAAGAAAAAAAAAAGGAUGCUUUAAUCACUUUAGGCUGUGGAUAUUUCGUGAUAAACACGGAUCUUAAUCUUGUGCCAAGAGAAAGCAAGGUCGUAGGAGAAAACUAUUUUGUUACUGCAGUAUUGAAUACAAGAAAAAACAAAUGUCGAAUGCAAUUCGUAUUUGUGUGUACGUAAAAUUGAUAUUUACAAUUUGGCAUUACGUCGCAUAUAUGCUUUGACUUUAAAAAUUCGAUCUCUCAUCUCUCGAAUAAACGUUUUUUUUUUUUUAAUUAGUAUUAAAAAUAUCUUAUGAAUAACAACACUGUUAUAACUUUUGUAACAACAAAAAUAAUAGCUGUUCUUAAACCCAUCAUAAAAUAAUUGUAAAUGAUCAAAGAUCAUCUCUUUCACUUAGAUGUGAAAAGAGUAUUUAUUACUUAUGGUAAACAAGACUGCGAUAUUUCGCGUUAACUUAACAUUAUUUUGCCCUCUUAUUCGUCCUUUUAAGCCUUUAAUCACCUCCAGUAGGCCUUCAUUGUUAAUAUGAUAAAAUCUGAUCUUAUACAGUUAUCUUUAUUGUAUAAUCUCUGUAUCAUGCGCUUGAAGAUUUCCAAUUUUU